CGCCGCUCCCCACGUUCGCCGUAAUUAUAACGGAACUGCUUAUAGGGCCUCGACGCUGGGACAACACCUCCCACUCUCUCUUCCCAGCUUCCCUACCUUACCUACGGCCAUGGCAGAGAGCGAGAUCAAGGUAGUCAGCCUCAACUGCUGGGGUCUCAAGUUCGUGUCCAAAGACCGACACGUCCGUGUGGCUGCCAUAGCAGACGCGCUCUCCAAAUCGACGCAUGACAUUGUCGCCCUUCAAGAAAUAUGGGUGCAGGCCGACUUUGAACGCGUCCGCCAGAGCCUCUCCGUCCGACUUCCGUACAACAAGUUGUUCCAUAGUGGCGCCAUUGGUGCUGGCCUUGCCAUCUUCAGUCGGUGGCCUAUCAUUGAGACCAGCACCAACCCUUACUCCCUCCGCGGUGAGCCAAUGGACGCGUUCGGAGGGGACUGGUUCGCAGGCAAGGGUGCUUGCAGCGUCGUUAUCAAGCAUCCUGUCUUGGGGCAGGUACAGAUAUUUAAUACCCAUCUAUACGCCAAAGGAGGCGAGGAUGGCCCCGAGUACAACAGGACCCAUCGACUCAUCAAUGCUUGGGAGUUUGCAAAACUCACCAAGCAAGCAGCCAACCUUGGUCGCUAUGUCAUCGCGUGUGGCGACUUCAACAGUAUCCCUCAAAGUCUAACCAUGGCCAUCAUCCGUGACUAUUCAGGUCUUACUGAUUCCUGGGUAGCUACACACCCACGUCAAUCGCCGCCUUCGGGCAUGAUCUCGCCUAUCGAGGGUGUCGAGCAGUACGGCAUCACCGCAGACUCACCGCUAAACUCAUACCGCGACUCAGGGCCAUCCGGCUCGAGCAUUGUGCGCACGUACCAAGGGAAACGACUCGACUACAUCCUCUACCGCCAGCCCGCCGGAGGCAUCUACCGGCGCUCUUCCCUGCGGCUCGAGUCCACGCACUGCCGUGUCGUCUUCGCAGACCCGAUACCCAGCGGCCAAUGCUCAUACUCGGACCACUUUGGCGUCGAGUCCUAUUUAACAAUCCAAAGUCCGGACGAGAUCGAGAACAACUCCGAAGACUCCAACGACACGAACGGCUCGUCCGUCUGGGUUGACGCUCAGGGCUCAAAGGAUGACGUCCCCGUUCAAGGGCACGCCGCCGUCCCCGACCUAGUCUCGUCGCUAUCGGCGGACACGAUAUCGUCCAUGCUCCUCGCGCUGACGACCAGCUAUCGGAUCUCGAAGGACCGCUCGCACCGCGAGCUUUCCGUCUUCGUGCUCUGCAUUCUACUCCUCUUUGCCCUCAUUGUUAGCUCUUCGUGGGUACCACUUCCAUGGGUGAACCCCAUAUUCGUGUUCUUUACGAUCUUCGUCGCCUGGGUCGCUACGACAAUGUUAUACGAAGGCUGGAUCUUUGGCCGCUGGGAACUCAAAGCCCUGUUGACUGUCAUCGAGGAACUUGAUCUUUACCAAAAGAACUUGGAGACGCACAGCAGAGCUGCGCCAUCGGGUAGGGAGAGGUGGUAAGGAUGCUUGAGCUACUCUACCGACAAUGGGCAUUAAAGUUCAUAUAAUAUAAGGAUUAACUAUCUGGACAGUAUACGCUUGUACGUUGAUGCAGUCAGGAUCAGAUUACAGGUAGAAGGGGAACUAGGCUACAUGACUACAAGCGCUAGCAAGAUACAGUAUUAUCCAUCACCUAUGGGAAUGUUCCGUAGCAGUAAACAGCGUGACACGGAUGGUCGAAACCUGGUAUAUGAAUCAUUUGUGUGCCUUGCUUGUGGAUCUACAUCCAGCCGGGGCAAGACUUGACCAAGUCCCGACAAGGGGCGCGAAGCUGGAGGGACCCUUGCCCAUAUUCAUGAGCAGUGCAGGGGAUGGUGACCUCCUACUGCCUCUGUCGCCUAGCGCAGUAACCGAGCUCGUCCUCGGUAUACUUCCUGGCAAAUUUGCCUCGCUCUUCCUAGUCUCUGGGCGAGAAGAGCAAUAGGCAGUAGAUGUAUCCAUGACGAGCGAGACCGCACUCAUAACUCGGCGAAGUGGGGGGUGAUACGGCGUCGGGUUCUCGUCGUCUUGUCCUCCCGGUCUCUCUGCCGGGCGGGCAGAACCACUGCGUAUCCAGCUGGGCAAGUCGUCGACAGGAGUAGGCAGCUCAGAAGAUUCUUCUCUGAGUAGAUAUUUUUUAUACCCCGACCUGUCGCCCAUCCUGGCAGCUUCAAACGCUUCAGGAUCCGAGCCAGCGCUAGAGUCAACGGCGCUUAUCGCACGAGAAGGUUCAGCGUCCGCGACCUCAGUGCCGUCGCCGCGAAGAACGUGGCUGCUCUUGGUGACGGCCUCUUCCUCGAGAUGUUGCUCCGCUGUCGUACGCAGACCCGGGGUCGGAAGGUCGCGAAACACAAAGUCGCGGCACGACGCAAAGGCUUUGCUUGCAGCAGGGAGAAAUGGGAAUGCCUGGAAGACAUGCACCGCAUCUUCAUACGCCUCGCAGCGCACCUUGACACCUGCCCUCGCCGCCUUGACUGCGAGAGCGAUGUUUUCGUCGUGCAAGACCUCCGCAUCGCCGGUCUGUAUGAGCAGCGGCGGCAGCCCCGAGAAGUUUCCAAAGAGCGGCGAUGCGUACGGGUGCAAGACAUAGCUAGCGAGACCUUCACCAAGGUACAUGACGACAGGGUGUAGGUGCGCAUCUGGGCCAGGGAGGGGUAUGAUGUCGAAAGGUGCAUUGGAUUCCCAGGAUGGAGCGCU